CCCCCGCCCCGCGGCCGCCGACCUGCUGCUCCGGCCCCGCGGCCUCUGCAAGUUGCCGCGGUCGGAGCCCCGGGCUGGAGGCUGAUGGAACCGCCGCGAUGUUCGCUCCGCGGCUCCUGGAUUUCCAGAAGACGAAGUACGCGAGGGCAGACAUCACUAAUCGAUCAUGGGAUUCAAAAUCAUUCUUCCCAUUGAGCAGAGGGAGCCUCUGAUGCCUCAACCCGGGACUCCUGGCCCACAGAGAAGCAAAUCAAGAACACGGCCAGGUUCAUGAACCACCGAGUCCCUGCCCACCGGAGGUACCAGCCCACGGAGUACGAGCAUGCCGCCAACUGCGCCACCCAUGCUCUCUGGAUCAUUCCCAGCAUCCUUGGCAGCUCCAACCUCUACUUCCUGUCGGACGAUGACUGGGAGACCAUCUCUGCCUGGAUCUACGGCCUCGGCCUCUGUGGGCUCUUUGUGGUGUCCACCGUGUUCCACACGAUCUCCUGGAAGAAGAGCCACCUCCGGACGGUGGAGCACUGUCUGCACAUGUCCGACCGCAUGGUCAUCUAUUUCUUCAUCGCGGCCUCCUACGCGCCCUGGCUGAACCUUCGCGAGCUGGGCCCCUGGGCCUCCCACAUGCGGUGGCUGGUCUGGAUCAUGGCCUCUGUUGGCACCAUCUAUGUCUUCUUCUUCCAUGAGCGGUACAAGCUCGUGGAGCUGCUCUGCUACGUCGUCAUGGGCUUCUUCCCCGCCCUGGUCAUCCUUUCCAUGCCCGACACCGAGGGCAUCUGGGAGCUGGUGACCGGAGGGGUCUUCUACUGCUUGGGCAUGGUGUUCUUCAAGAGUGACGGGAGGAUCCCCUUUGCCCACGCCAUCUGGCAUCUCUUUGUGGCAUUUGGUGCUGGUACCCACUACUAUGCCAUCUGGAGGUACCUGUAUCUGCCCAGCACCCUGCAGGCCAAGGUGUCCAAAUGAGGUGGCUCAGCCUGCACAGGACAUUUAGGCUUUUGGAGCAGAGCAUCACAGGGGAGUGUUUCUGCGAACUUGAGCCCAGAGCCCAGCGCCCAGGCCCCCCGUCUUCCCUCCUAUGGGUAGAGCUUUUUGAUGGGUCCAAGGUUACUUCUGGUGACAGCCAGACCACCCCUUGGGUCCUAGGUGAGAAAGAAAGCAUUUAGUCAUUUUUACAGAGGAGAAAUUAACCCUGUAAUGUGUUUCUAUUCUAGACAAAUGUUUCCUAAUACAACCAACGUUAACAUAGUCAGAAAAGGGGGCAGACGUGGUCCUGGCCAAUUGAGGAAUGAUGGGCCAAUAUGAGCUUCCUAAGGUCCUGAGAAAUCUAUCAGGGAGUCUAGUGGGUUAUUUAUACCUGGGUGGCCAGGGCCUCCUUCUCUGCUACCAAAGUCCUGGCUGGGGAAUUGUCCCCCGCUCAGGGAAAGUCACCCAGCUUGUAGAUCAGGGAUGGUGAAUAUCCACGACCGUGGCAGACAUCACCAAUCAACUGCAGCGUGGUGUGGUAUCAGGAUCCUUCCCGAGACUGCUCUGGGCAGCCACUACCAAUCGACUUGGCACUCAUGAUGGCACCUCUUUGCCUUGCUUGCCCCGUGUGCUCUGCACUGGGGUCAUGCCCAGACCAGUUCAGUGUUUCCAUGUUGGGGAGCAGGCUUAUCCCCUAGAGGGGGCAGUUUGGGGCUGUGGGGGGAGACCAAGUGUACCUAGAGCAGCCCCUGUCGUUCUACUGCACCGUAGCUGGUUCUCAGUGCAGAGGAAUGAGUGGUUGGGGAUGGGAAAGCUGUCACUUGGCCAUUUCUUCUCAUGCCGAAAAAUCCAGAGAAAUUA